AUGACCGCACCAUUUGGAAAACAAACCCUACUUCCCGCCAAGGCAAUUGGCGCCAGAUCUAUUCCCAUAUAUUUCACCAUCCCCCACACACCACACCCCUCUGGCUCAUCGACAUCUAUCUCUGCCUCGCGCUAUCCUUGUGUAUCAGAGGAUACAGAUUCAAGUCUGAUCAAUGCCAUAAGGGAUGGUUUGGUGGUAAAAAUUCGCAAUGUGGAUUUUUGUGGAAAACCAGCUGUUGUGUUCAGAAAAUUGAGGGAUAUAUAUGAAUCUGAUGAUGCCACAAAUCUUGGAAAACCAUCUACACUAUUGCAAGAUAGGUAUGAUGAAGUUUUUCACUAUGACAGGUUCAAGAUGGAAAGCCCAUGUUUGCUCAUGGUAGAUAGAAGAACAAAGGAAAAACACCUGGAGACUAAUGAGUUUAACUGCAGUGACAGUGCGGAUGAAAAAGCAAGUGACUCAGAUGAGCAUGUCUUUGGAAAAAUGACACUGGAACAGCUUAAGGAGAGAUGCAAAACAAGGAAAAGAAAAUUUUCAAGUUAUGUUGGUUUGACUCCGAAGCAGGAACCUGUAGAAGAUGAAUUUGAUCUAGAAUUGCCCCUGAGUAGUUGGAAAUUGAAGCAGUCAAAGAACUCAAAGGCUAGACAGAAGUCCACCAACAUAAGUGUCAGUACAUCUAAAACUUCAUUUCUGGUUAAAACCGAACAGAUUCUAGAGACUGAAGGUUCCCUCCCAUACAGUGGGGAUUUAUUUGCACUUAGUCCCAUCAAAACUGAGGUUCCUGGACCUGAAUCUGCAGAUUGUCAAAACAUGAUUUCUUUUUCUGAUGAUCCCUCUAUUAGUCACGUCAAGCAAGCGGGUUCUUGUGAAGCAGUAUCUGGUAAAAUUCCCAAGACAGUUGAAUGCGUGAUAGAAAAGAGGGAACAAAUAUUAUUUGCUGAAGAAUGCCAAAACUGUGGUAUUUCUGAAAUUUCAUAUGAUCAUCUGAAUCAAGUUGGGUCCACUUCUCUUUUCACUCCGAUCGACGGGGAGAUCAUGGAGAUUAGUAAUCAAGAAAAGAGCUGCCAACAGUCCUCAGCUUUGCCUGUAUCAGAAUUUAUGACAGAAGAAGGUAUCAAGCAUACACUUUCCCGGGAAAGCUUCCUGGAAUCAAUUUCUCCUUCCAAGGAUCAAAGUUCAGAUAUGUUUAAUAGCUCCCAAAGUUUUUCCCAUCUGCACAAUAUCUCAAGGCAGAGCAGCAGUGAUUAUGGAGUUCAAAUUCCUGGAAUGGGGAUUGAUAAUACCCUUGGUUGUGAAGAACUGAGUUAUGGAGGGCAUUUAUUCAUAUUUGGUGGUAAAGUUAAGGUAGAUUUGCCUCCAAAUCUAGAAAACAGUUCUCUGACUCCUAACAGUAACUGUAGCUCAUCUUCGAAUUCCCAUCCUUGCUCGAGUCCUGAUAAUGAUUUGGUUUCCAUGGAAGAUGAUUCACCAACAACUGAGGAUAAGCAGCCUAUAAUAUCUACAAUAGAUGAUGCUGAAGUAUGUUGUUUAGACCCUGAUAACCAAUUGGUUGUCUCAGAGGAUGAUGCUACCACAGAUGAGAAUCAGCCUUCAGUGUCUAUCAGUGCUGACGAUGGAAGGAAUUCCUCCACUUGGAGCCAUCCUUGUGAUGUCACUGAUGAGCUUUCAACAUCAGAUAUCAAGAACUAUCGAUUCACGGAGCAGCAGCGGCAAUCUCCUGAGAGACUCCUUUCAACUAGAAAGGCUAUUUCUCCAACUUCUCAAGGAAGAUUGUGCCUGGCUUUGAAUUCCAUAGAGCUGUAUGACGAUGUUGACAAUUACAAAAGCAAGGGGAAACUAUUGUUUGGCAAAGAUACUAAAAAUAAGGCUUCUCCAACUGGAUCAGAUAUUCACAGGUCUGAAUUAUCUAUAAAUCCUGAAGGGCCUGUUCAGGUCAACCGGAUGAACUUCCCUGCAAUCCCCAAGCGGAUGCUUAAGAAACUGAAGAAUAACAGAAAAGGUUCUCCACCCAAAAAAGGCUCUCCACUUAAAGGCAGUCUUGAGGGUCCCCGCCUUUCACGUUCGCUACCUCGUCUUAGCACUUCAUGCACCUCUAUUCAAGAUUGUUCUGAGAGUUCUAUUGCAUUCUCACAGCGGCAGAUGUAUGACAUGGAAGCUCUUGCAAUGAAGCUUAUGAAGGAAUUGAAUUCCAUGAAGGACAUCGUAGAAGAAAAAUUGCUCUAUGAAGGAUACCGCAGCACGCUCUUGAAAAACGAUGCUGAUGAGGUGAAAACAGCCAUCAAGAAUGCAACAAAAGCUGAAGAAUCAGCAAGAAGAUGGCUAUCCAUGAUGACAAGGGAUUGCAACCGUUUCUGUAAAAUCAUGAGAUUAACUGGGAAUGGUGCUGCUGAUUCUAAAGAUGUCAUCCACAAAGAGAGAAAUAAGAUUACUUUUGCUGACGAAGCUGGUGGAACACUUUGCCAUAUCAAGGUUUUUGAGGAUAGCAUGGUUUCUCAAGAGCCCAAACAUGAAAAUCAGGAAUCAGAAGCUAGAUCAUUUUGUGGCAUUGAUUGUACAUUAUAGUCUUGGUAUUCUAGUUUUACCCACAACAUAAAUCUCUUUCCUUUAAUGGGAUCUGAGAGAGGUAAGUGAUAGGGUCAUCUUACUCCUGUUUUGGAAAGGCAGGUUUCUACGAUGUAAACGGGUGUACAUUUGUCAUUGUUCUACUUCCAGCCUUAAAAGUGUAUCCUAUUGAUUCCAUUUUUGUAUUGUAGCUUUGUAAUCCAAAUUUCCAAAAAACCAUUUUACUUUCAUGAUUAACUUCUGCUGGUUGGUAGAAAUCCAAAC